AUGAAUCAAGGACGCGGUAAGGUGUACGGUCUUAGUUUCCCAACUAGAAAGCCCAAAAAUGAAAUAAAGGUUUCGGUAAAUGACGUCUUCAACGAGGAAUCCGAUAAAGAGGAAAACUACAAAGAACUUAAACCAGCCGAUUAUUCUCAAACGACUUGCAUAGCUCAGAAUAGGAUUAAUCGAAGGGUAAAAACAGAGUUAGAAAAAGCCUUCGAGGAAGACCCAUCAGUAUUCCAAUACGAUGAAUACUUAGACGAUAUACACGAUAAAAAAGCAGAAGAUAUUUCUAGAAAAACCGUCAAAACAUCCAAGUAUGUCGGUAGACUUAUAAAGGCAUCCAAUGAGCGAAAACUUGAGAGAGAGCUAUGUGUCGAACGGAAGGCUCAGAAGGAAAUUGAAGCAGAAUCUGAUAUGUGUAACAACAAGGAGUCAUUCGUUACCUCAGCGUACAAAAGUAAAUUAAGUGAACUUCGCGCACUCGUAGAAAAACGCAAGGAAGAAGAGGAGAGAGAGAAAGUUAUGGAUGUUUGCAAACAAGAUGGCUUAGGGGGAUUUUACCGGUUUAUGUUUGAUAAUCAAGAUAAAACAUCUGCGGGAUAUACAGAGGAAUGCCAUCAUCGCACUACAAGCAAAGAAGAUUGUUUGGAAGCAGACUCUAACUCUGCAUCUACAAUUAAAAAACAAACUGUAAAAGAACAUACAAGGAAAAAGACCGAUGUUAUUACAGAGCAGUAUGAUAAUGAUGAUAAUAAUAAUAAUAACAAAAAUGUAUCAUCACCCUCACCAAAUAAAGCUUUUCCUAACUGUGAUGAUGAUGAUGGUGUAACCGAAAGUGAUCGUAAAGAUGAUAAAACAAGAGCCUCUCAUCAAUCGAAGAAAGAUCUAAAUACUUAUUUGAAUAAAAAGAAUCAAAAAAUACCUGGAAUAAUAAUGGCACGUUUACGAGUAACUACUGAUGAAGAAUUAAUUGCUGCUCGUCAACGUUAUUUAGAUAGAAAAGCAGCUGGAAUACAUGCAGUUAUAGUUGAAUCAGAUUAAUGAUUGAUUAGAUGUUGUUCUUCUCAUUUUUUGUUUGUUUCUGUGUAUAUGAAUUCAUAUUUUUAUAUUAUUUAUUGAUUUUUUAUUGUUGUUAUGGGAAAUAAUCUUUAAAUUGGGAUAAAAGAAAUUAGCUUGGUAACAAUAUCCAUUUAAUAUCAAUGAACUGAGAAUGGAUAUUAUUACUAUUAUUGUAUAAAAAGGUAUUGUAAAUAAAUCAUAGUUGAAUAUAUACUUUUCAUUGUAAUUUGCUUUUCAUAUAGUCACUAAUUGAUUUCUUGUUUACUUGAGUUAAUUUGAGUAAAUAUCCCCCCCAUCAACCCUUACCCUUGUGAUAACUUCUUCUGUUAUGGUUUAUUAUACUUCUAAAUAUAGUUGAUAAGAGAUUAUUUCAAAUGUGAUGUGAUGUAUUUACUACACUAUAGAUAAUUGUAUAUAGUGAUUUUGUCCAUUUUUGUUCCUCUUGUUAUUAUUGUAUGCGAAAAGAUUAAGAGUAAAUUAGCUGUUUUGAUUUGGUAAAUUACAUUGGUGUUAUAACUUGUGCCCUUCUGCCUUAUUAAUAUAUAACGUAACGAUACCGUCAAUUAGAGAACAGUGAAUUAUCGAUCGGACCAAUGACGCAUAAAACGCGUACAAGCAGUCUAAAGUCUUUAUCGGUCCUGAUUCCCGCCUAGCCCUGACUGUUAAGUGUAGAAUACAAAUCUCAGCCUCCGUGAUAUGAAUCAUGUAUUUGAAACAUACUGGGUUUAUAUAUAAAUCAAACAGACAAUAUCGUACCAUAAAACAAGAAACAAUAUUUGUACAAGAUUUAGCCAAAAGUGGCUGUGAAUGUGGGGGGUAGUAAAUGAUAGACAGGGCAUAAUUGAAGAAUGGUAAAUUGUAUAAUAAUAGUUCGUAGGUCAAAAUAAAGCUCAUAAUAAGAGGGACAUGAAUAUGAAUAGUUUAGUUACUUAGUAACUAUACAACAAAAAUGUAUUUAUAGUGUUAGUCUAGACAUAGAUUCUAACAGUUACCAUUCAUUAUUCUCAUCGGGAUAUAAUCGGAAACAGAUUUUAGGUUUUAUAACUCUGGU